GUGAUUUUUGCUUACUGGUAUUCCGUGAAAUCAGUCGAGGUGCGCAAAAGCUGGCUCGAAUACUCCUUGUAAAUUAACAACUAUUUAAUUCAAGACAAUCUAAAAAGCACUUAUUGUGGGUCACAGCUUUUUCUUCUUUGUUUGGGCAGCAUACCCUCGUGUCUCAUCUCCUAUAGUUAGGAGCAUUUGAAAGAGUAUUUUCGCCGCGAAACAUAAAUUUAUGUUUUAAAGAAAUUAAAUUUAUAAUAAAUUAUAAGCCUGAAUCAAUAAAUUUUAAAAUACAAUUUAAAAAUCAUAAAAUUGAAUCCAUAAUGUAUAAAUCUUGUACCCACAAUUAAGUAUAAUAAUACUUUUGACUCUAUAUAUCUUUAAUAUUUCACUAAUUGUACAAAGUAUGUUGAGCUAUAAACGUGUCGAGCACUUCUCCAUAUAAAUGUACUAAAAGAAAACACUCUUUCAGAAAUACCAAUUCAUGUAAUACAUUUUUUUUCUUUUAUAAAUAUUAGUACGUCGACAUUAACCGUUGAAGUUUAUGAAUUUUAAAUUAAAUUUUUUUUUAACUAAGUUAAUACUAUAAUAUAUUAAUAGAUAUAAUUAACAUCGACACUGCUUAUAAAAAAUUCGUAAAACGCGUUCUCUCUCACACAGCUUUAACCAAACAUUCCUCCAAACCCUCAAAUCCAUUAAAUCUCCAUUUUCUACGGAUAAUUUCAAUAAAAAAAAAAAAAAAGAACAUGCUGCCAUCACCUAUCCUUUCUGACUCCAGCUAAACAAAAAUGGAUCAUUUAGAGAGAGAAAAAAAAAACAAUUCAUUCAAAUUUUAAUUAAUUAGCCAAAGACAGAUAAUUCCUAAUUAUAUACAUAUAUUUAUAGAGACCAUCUUCCAUUAAUUUCAUUCUUGGGUCUCUGCAUUUUCAUAAACAAGACCCGUAUUUUCUUGAGUCUUUUUAUAGCAAGCAACCUUUAUGUCUUCAACAUAUUAUUUUUUGUAAUAGGAAGAAGAAGAAAAAAUAGGAUCAAGAUUGGAGAACUUGGUUGUUUUUUUUGUUGUUCAUUUUUUAGAAUAAAAGACAUGAAUUGUUUUUCAUGUUUUUCGUUUAAUGAGAAUAAAACAUCUAAUAAUAAAAAGAAAAGAAAAGAAACAUCAACUUCUGUUCAUCCUCAUAGAGAAAAUCUAUCACCAGAACAAGCACAGCCUUUUUCUAAGACAAAGACGCAACAUAAGCCACAUUCUCAACCGCCGCAACGAACACAUCCAGAAAAUAUAAUAAACCAAACGGUUGGUAAUUAUAAGAAGGAUGAAGAAAACAAGAAUAUUGCAGCUCAAACUUUCACUUUUAGAGAACUUGCAACUGCUACAAAGAAUUUCCGCCAAGAAUGUCUAAUAGGUGAAGGUGGAUUUGGAAGAGUUUACAAAGGUCACCUUGAUAGAACUGGCCAGGUUAUAGCAGUGAAACAGCUUGACCGUAAUGGAUUACAAGGAAAUAGAGAAUUUCUUGUAGAGGUGUUGAUGUUGAGCCUUCUUCACCACAAUAAUCUUGUCAACCUCAUUGGUUAUUGUGCUGAUGGAGAACAAAGACUUCUAGUUUAUGAGUAUAUGCAACUGGGAGCCCUUGAGGAUCAUCUAUUUAAUGUUUCAGGAGAAGGAAGUCCAUUAGAUUGGUUUACAAGGAUGAAAAUAGCAUCCAAUGCAGCAAAGGGUCUAGAAUAUUUACAUCAUAAAGCAAAUCCACCAGUCAUAUAUAGAGACUUGAAAUCCUCAAAUAUUUUAUUGGAUAAAGAAUAUAAUGCUAAAUUAUCAGAUUUUGGUUUAGCAAAACUUGGACCAAUGGGUGAUAAUUCACAUGUAUCUUCCAGAGUUAUGGGAACUUAUGGUUAUUGUGCUCCAGAAUAUCAAAGAACAGGACAACUUUCUGUUAAAUCUGAUGUUUAUAGCUUUGGUGUUGUUUUAUUGGAGCUAAUUACUGGAAAAAGAGCUGUUGAUCCUACUAAAAAUGGACAUGAACAGAUCUUAGUGGCUUGGGCGGAACCAAUUUUCAAAGAUACAAGUAGAUAUUCAGAAUUGGCAGAUCCGUUAUUUAAAGAAGAUGUUCCAAAAAGAAGUUUUAAUCAAGCGGUUGCGAUCGCUGCCAUGUGUCUACAAGAAGAUCCGACCGUUCGUCCAUCGAUCAGUGACGUGGUUACUGCUCUCACAUUCCUUUGGGCCGAAUCGGGUAAAGGGUUCGGGUCACCGGUUUCUCCGGUUUCUACCUCAUUGCCCGUUUCAUCGUCUGAUAAUGAAGAAAGUCAUGAAGAAAAAAAGAUUAUAGAACGAGAAAAAGCGGUUGCAGAAGCCAUUGAAUGGGGUUCGAAUUCAAGAACUCAAAACGAAAGACUACCAUAAUCUUUCAUAGUGACAUACGUAAAAUUUUGCGCAAACUAAAACAAUAUUAUCGAUUUAAUGUCAUAAUUGUUCGACCUGUAAUUGUAAGUGAGUUCUGAGACUAUAUAGAGUGGUCUUAAAGACUUUAUUAAUUACUUGAUAUCUCAAAAUUAAUAUUUAUUUUCUACGUUA